AUGGAUGAAGAAGUCAAGCUAAACCGUGAUCAAGUUCGGGCAAUGUUGCUUCUCAAGUUUUGUGAACACGGCAACGCAGCAAGAGCGACGAAGGAAAUAUGCAGUGCUAUAGGGCCUUCAGUUGUCUCCUAUGACACGGUAAAAGUUUGGUUCCUCAAGUUCAAAAACGGUGACUUUGACAUGUCCGAGAAACCGAGAUCUGGUAGACCGUCAGUGUUGGAGAAAACCCGUCUUCUGAAGCUGAUCGAAGAAGACCCGAGACGAACCAUUACUGAGUUGGCUGUGGAGCUUCAGUGUGACCCUUCUACCGUAACACGUGGACUUCACGCUCUUGGAAAAUCAUGGAAAAAUGGUCAAUGGGUUCGACAUAAGUUAAACAGCGACCACCUGAACAAAAGAUGA